AUGGCGGCUCCUUGGACGAAUCUCACCCUGAGGACCUGUUACGAGCCGACUGCCGGCUACACAGCUGACAUUGGGGAUGGGAUCACCCCAGUCGGACUCAUAGGAUCGCCUUUCACAAACGUCACGGCAUCGAUGGGAUUACGCUGGACGAGAGUUGUGAACACCGACAACCAGUGGGGCGAAUGCUUCCCGAACAGAACCUGCGUGGGAUGUCUUCGCUAUCUGGCAUCAGGGGAGGCGGACAUCUCUCUGGGACCCUAUAUCUUCUCAUCACUUAUGGACAAAUCAGUGAAACUAAGGUGGCCGCUGUUUUUGAACAACUUUGUGAUUAUUCAUGGCAUGACGAAUCAGUUCCAAUCAGCUGGUGCUUUCGCCCUGUACAACUUGUUCUCACCUCAGGUUUGGAGCCUGAUUUUCGUGUCUCUGGUUGCGCUUCCCGCGAUGGCUCGGGCGAUGAACGAGUUCGUGGCCCAUGACGACAAGAUGAGCUUGGGAGAUCAUUUUUUGACCUUCAUGGAGCAACUUCUGCUGGAGGCGCCAGAGAAAAAAUACAAGUCGGAUCCUCUCCGAGUACUCUUCGCUGCAUGGAUGGUUUCGGCGCUGAUUUUCUCUAUGCUUGCAAGCGCAACUCUGAAAUCGGUGAUGUCGGUGGCAACUCCAACUCCGAGGCUCGAGGUCGCGGCCGAUAUCCUCAAGAGGAAUCCAGAAGAGCUUACAGUCGCUGCUCUGCCAGGAGCCGGGGUCCCCGAGUCAUUGCAGAACGCUGAUUUCCAGCUACUGAAGGACUUGGGGAACUUCCUCGUCCGCAGCAACGGUCUCCUACCGGAUGCUGCCGCUUACAGCAGCACAUCUCGGCUGCGACAGCUUGAAUCGGGCAGACUGCUCUACCUCCUACCCUGUGAAAUGAUCGGGACGUUCCUCUACACCUCGAUCGAGGUGGUUGAGAGCAUGCAAGGCUACCUCUACUGUAGCGAAGAAGCUGUGCUGAAGUUUCACGUGGGUUGGGUCUCCUCGAGGAGGAGCGACGACCUUCACGAGAUCGUCUAUCGAGAAAUGGAGAAACGGUGA